CCCUCGUCCUGGCAGCAAUAACGCGCCAGUCAGAUGUCAACAGCAGCUUUGCGGGCGCUGUGGAGGCGGCUCUUGUCUGUCUCCUCCAACUCCUCGCGGGAGACAGCUGGCUGUCCUGGAGGACUAUGCAGAUCCCUUUGAUGCUACACAAGUGGCUGGUAGCCAGACAGGACUGGAGAAGGUGAUGGAGAAUGAUGGAUAUAUGGAGCCAUAUGAAGCCCAGAAGAUGAUGGCUGAGAUCCGCCAGAAGGGCUUCAGGGAGGCUCCGGCCCGGCCGCUGCACCUCUAUGAUACUCCCUAUGAGCCUGUGCCUGGAGGGCUGGACAUGGACGGCGACCGCCCAGCUUGCCCCAGGCCCAGGGAGUCCCGGCUGCCUGAGGAUGAUGAGCGGCCGCCUGAGGAGUAUGACCAGCCCUGGGAGUGGAAGAAGGAGCGUAUCUCUAAAGCUUUUGCAGUUGAAAUCAAGGUCAUUAAAGACCUGCCAUGGCCACCGCCAGUGGGACAGCUCGACAGUGGUGAAAGCCCCCCGGAUGGCGAGGCCGGUGCCUCCGUCCCUCCACAGCAUGGCCAGCCGAACUACGAAGACACCAACGGCCAGGCAGAGGGGCUGGGAUAUGGCCGUACUUCGCCCUGCAGGGAGGAGAAGGCCAGAGCUGCCCUCAGACAUGGGACCAGCAGCCUCAAGAGCACAAAGUUGCUGAGCUUGGAGCAGGCUCCAUUCCUUGGGGAGAGGAUUGACCCUGCCCUGCCCCUGGAGAGCCAGUGCUGGUACCACGGGGCCAUCAGUCGGACGGAUGCGGAGACGCUGCUGAGGCUGUGUAAGGAGGCCAGUUACUUGGUGCGCAACAGCGAGACCAGCAAGAACGACUUUUCCCUCUCCUUGAAGAGCAGCCAGGGCUUCAUGCAUAUGAAACUGUCCCGAACCCAAGAGAACAAGUACGUGUUGGGUCAGCACAGCCCGCCGUUUGACAGUGUGCCGGAGAUCAUUCAUCACUAUGCCAGCCGCAAGCUGCCCAUCAAGGGGGCUGAGCACAUGUCCUUGCUGUACCCAGUGGCUAUCCGUACCCUAUAGUCCUUACCCCGGACGAGCCUGGCUCGACGCCGAGUAUACCCAAAGCUGGCCCAUCCACAGGGCUGUGCAGGGCUGAGCGCUGUGACGCCAAGGACGGGCUCUGGACCAGCAGCCUGCGAGCGGCUCAUUGGGCAUGGCCAGCGCUGUCUGGGAUUGCUGCAGCCAGACCCCUUGUCCUGCUCUCUCGUGGGGUGGCCGUGCACCGGUUUUUCUUUUAGGCUGACUACGAGGGAUUCCCCAUGUGAGGAGCUGAGCUGGGCUUGCCACCAUGCUCGCUGCCUGCCCGCUGCCCUUGCCUGCCUCCGGGCAGAGCUCAGGAAGCAAGAACUGGAGCUGGGGUCUUGGGAGAGGCCUGAGGUGGGCCAAGGUGGGGGAAACCUCUACCCAUGUGCUGCACAAGGGAGCUGAAAUACCCAUGCCUGCAGCCAAAGAAGCCCGGAGCCAUCCCUGGCAGAGGGCAAGGGGAGCUAAGCAGGGCCUGCUGGGGGGGGGCCGGGCAGGCUGGUGGGGCCCCAGUCCACGUGGGUGCUCGGUACUUGCCAUCUUCCUUUGCCAAAUGUAAAUAGUGACCGUCUUGGCCGUGCGUGCAGCACCACUGCCUAAUAAAGCAGUGCAUAGUUC